CUUUGUUUUCUUCGAUUCGUGAAGCUUCUCCGGUAACACUCCACCUCGUCGCCUAUCUACGGUGUGAUUCCGACCACCGUAUCUCAUCCUCAUCCUCUGUGACUGUCUCAGUCUGAAUCCCUAGUUAGCGUAUCCGGUUUGGUUUUGUGUUUGUUGGUCCAUGUCAAAUUCUCAAAUUGAAUCUGGCGCUCCCAUCACUCUACAAGAGUUGUACCCUUCUUCCCCCUUUUUCAAGGAAGCUCUCUCCCUUAGAGUUACAGGAUUGCUGAGAGCAUAUUCAGUUGAAACAGAUAUAGGUGUUAUUGAAGAUGGAGACAAGAGUCUCAAAAUCAACACUCAAUAUUUAAGAGAUGUUAGUUUCCGGGUUGGUUCUCUUUACCAGUUCAUCGGAGAGCUUCACAUUGAGCCCAAUAAUGAGGCUAUCUUGCAGGCUCGAACCGGGAGAAAUGUGGAUGGAGUCGAUAUGAAUCUCUACCGUAAAACAAUUGAACUCCUAAGGCAGUUUCUUGAAGUAGAAGAAGACAACAGAAAUAUGGUCGAAUGAGAUUAUCUAUCAGAUCACUGCCAUCCAAGUAGUAUAACUCACCUGCAUUUUAAUAUUUUGUUCCUUUGUUACCACUUUGCUCACCUGUAGAUGCAUCCUAGCAUUCGUGGAUUUGUUUUGGUCUUCUUUAUAUGUGAUCAUUGAAUGUGUUGGAAAUUCUGAAUUCUCCGGUUUGGUAAGCAGUUGAGCCGAUAUGGUGUUGACAAUGAGUUAGCAUCUUUUCAAUCAUUGAUUUUUAUAAAAAUUUAAUCUUUU